AUGCCUGGAGAGGCAGUGGCCAAAGAAUACUCAACUUCCUGGAGAGGCAGAGACAAAGAAUACUUGUUAUGCCUGGAGAUGCAUGUACAAGAAUACUCGUUCUGCCUGGAAAGGCAGGGACAAAGAAAAAUCAAUGCCUGGAGAGGAAGUCUCAAAGUCAAUUUCCACAAAAGAAAAUUGGCUGGAAUUGCAGUGGAAUGGGAUAAUUUGUCAAAGUAUGCUUCUUUGUUGAAUUGUAAAUUGAUGACUGUGUCGUUCGUUUAUUUGGGUAUUCCAGUUAGUGGUAGACCGAAUGGUGUUCAACUUUGGGGGCCUGUUAUACGGAAAUUCAGAAUCAAAUUUUCCAAGUGCAAGAAAAAAGUUCCCUUAGUAGAGGCACUUAAUGAAGAAUUCCCUUGUCCAUGGAAUCUCUUUGGCGAAAGGAUGUGGGAUGCAGGCAUGUUAGUGCAUCAUGUUGCACACAUAUGCGUGGAGAGUCAGGGGCUUGGCAUUUUGAGUAAUGUUGCCUGCAUGCUAUGCACCCGCCUCAUGCGUAAUUUCGUUUGGGGUGGUUCGGAGGAAGCGAAUAAAAUUGCUUGGGUGAGCUGGGAAAAUGUUUGCAAACCGAAGGAGAGUGGAGGCCUUAGAGUUAAGGAUUUGUUUUCCUUUAAUAGAGGUCUGAUUGGGAAAUGGAUAUGGCGAUACUUGAAUGAACCUGAUAGCCUUUGGUGUAAAGUAAUUAAGGCUCAAUCUGAUCACUACCAUUGUGCUUCAUCUUGGAGGCGAGAUGUCAUGUCAUUGUGCUAUGUAGAUAAUUCAGAUUGGUUCACUUAUGGAUUGGGAAAUGUGGUGGGGGGAGGCGAUCAAAAUUUGUUUUGGUAUGAGGAUUGGCUAGGAUCAGGGUCUUUAGCAAGAAGAUUUCAUAAGCUGUACAAUUUAUCCAAAAACAAAUACAGUAUGGUGAAGGAGGUUGGUGAGUGA